AUGCAAAGCUCCAUCCAGUGCACGGAGGAGGAGUGUUUACGCACAGUCUGCCUGCGACGCAGGAUCAAACCUGGGGACUUUGUCGUUUUUACGCCACAAUCCAGUCCUGCGAAGCAUUUGCAAAAGGAGCCAGAGAAGCAAGCGCCUCCAUCGGGGACCGACCAUGGUGAUCAAAGUGUACAUAGCGUCCUCCUCUGGGUCCACUUCGAUUAAAAAGCAACAGCAGGACGUGAUGGGCUUCCUGGCAGCCAAUAAGAUUGAGUUUGACGAGUGUGACAUCGCCGCCAACGAGGCCAAUCGGAAGUGGAUGCGAGAGCAUGUUCCGGAGGAGUCGCGGCCAGCCACGGGGAACCCGCUACCACCACAGAUAUUUAAUGAGAGCAAAUAUUGCGGGAACUACGAGGCCUUCUUUGAUGCCAGAGAAGACAAUGCUGUGUAUGCAUUUCUAGGCCUGACUGCUCCCCCAGGAUCAAAGGAAGCCGAGGCUCUGCUGAAGAAAGCACAGCAGUAGCUUUUCACCUUUUGUGUUUUUCAUCCGGACCUAGCCUAACCUGGAAUAAAAACAAAAAAAACAAUUUUAAAUCUUAGGUUUCACGAUUUUAAUAUUCUUUUGUCAGCUGUGCCUUGUCAGUGUCGAGAGGUGCAGAGACAAAAAGCGGAAGAUCCUGGUUAUCAAGACAGUUCAGAGCUUCCUCAUGUUAGCCUCAGCCUGCUAGCCUAUUGGUCCAGUAACAUGUCAAUCAAAUAUUUGGCAUAAAUUGAUACACAAUCAUAAAUUGUGUAAAAAGUUCCCUCGGGUUAUCCUAGUGUGCAAUGAGCUCACCAUGUAGUCCACUUCCAUAUCAAUAAAAAUGUAUACGACUGUCCAGUCGAACAAUCAGAAAUCUUACUAAAUACAUAAAAAUGUACUUUUCUGCUCUUGUUAUUGCCAAAACAGCAUCACUUUCUGUCAGAGCUCCAAAAAAAGUUUUCACGCGCUCUUCAUUGAAGCUGUCUUAUGCUGUUUUAAAAGCAGCCUUUUUCUACUCGAAGAUUUCCGUUUAACAACGAGACAAGUUAGCAACAGAUGUGACUUUGUUGUUUUUUGAUGUUUUGUUAUGUAAGCCUCCUGUUUUAUAUUGUGUUGGUAUAAAACCUUAAAAAGUCUUAAAGGGAAGGGUUAGUUGUCUUUCCUAAAAUAAAAUAAAAAAGAUGAAA